CAUGGACCGGGACCCCAGUGAGGAUGACAGUAUGGCUGACCUCAGUUUUGAGGCUGAGAGUCCCGUGAUGCCCCCUGAGGAGCUCCUGGAGGGACUGCCCAGCUGUGACUGGCUUCUUCAAGGGCGUGGAAGGCAGGUCUUCUUUCCAUCCUUGGAGGUCCCGGGAAGGUCCCCGGAACCUGCAUCUUGGUCCUCAGUCCUGGAGCACAGCAGAGUCCCUGUGGUGACCGAGGAGGUGGCCCGGGAGGCCCUGCUCAGCUUCGUGAACUCCCAGUGCUGUUACAGCAGUUCAGCUGCUGGCAACCUCAUCAUCCAGGAGCUGAGACAACAAACCCUCUGCAGGUACCGGCUAGAGACCUUCAGUGAAUCCAGAGUCAGCGAGUGGACAUUUCAGCCAGUCACCAACCACUCAGUGGAUGGACCCCAGAGAGGGGCCUCUCCCAGGCUUUGGGAUAUGAAGGUCCAAGUGCCUCCAAUGUUUCAGGAAGACACCAGGAAGUUCCAAGUGCCUCACUCCUCUCUGGUCAAGGAAUGUCACAAAUGUCACGGGCGUGGCCGCUACAAGUGCAGCGGCUGCCAUGGAGCCGGCAUGGUGAGGUGUUCAUCCUGCAGUGGUACCAAGCGAAAGGCCAGGCAGCCCCGGAGAUGCCACAUGUGUUCUGGCUCUGGUAGGCGCAGGUGCAGUACCUGCUCUGGGCGGGGGAACAAGACAUGUGCCACCUGUAAGGGGGAACGGAAGCUGGAGCACUUCGUCCAGCUGGUGAUCAUGUGGAAGAACAGCCUAUUUGAGUUUGUGUCCCCACACCACCUCCACUGCCCUGGGGAGCUGCUCGCCAAAGCCAGAGGGGAAAACCUCUUCAGGGAUGAGAAUGCCAUGGUGUACCCCAUUGUGGACUUCCCACUGCGGGAUAUCUCUCUGGCCUCCCAGCGGGGCAUUGAGGAACACAAUACCGUUCUGGCUUCCCGUGCCCGCAUCCUUCAGCAGCGCCAGACCAUCGAGCUGAUCCCCAUCACCGAAGUUCAUUACUGGUACCAAGGCAAGACUUCUGUCUACUACAUCUAUGGCACUGACCACCAGGUAUACGUGGCUGACUACCCUGAGCGCUAUUGCUGUGGAUGCACCAUCCUCUGA